AUGUCAUCACCUUGUCCGAAGAAUGGAAUACGUUUGAACGAAGCCUUAGAUAAUAUCCAGCUUGCUUAUAAUCCUAUUACCAAACAGCUACAUUUUGUGAGCCCCAGGGUUGAGAAACCAAUAGCUGACGAGGAUGUUGAUAAAUUAAGUAAAAAAAGUAGCUUCAGUGAUGAAGGAAAUUUCUCAAUAUCGACUUGUGAGAAGAGUGAUACUAGUGAUUCCCCAAAGAGUACUCUUCAAUGGGGUGGAAGUGUAAGUGGACAUAAGCGGGGUAAAGAUGGUGGUUCAUUCUCAAGCACUAUUUCAAGCCUGUCUGAAUGCUCCCUUGGCUCAAGUGGAUCAAAAGAAGACGAACUUCCAGAUUUGACCAAUUCAGAACAUGCUAAAUUGAAGAAAAAGGGACUUUCAGGAUUCUUUAGCAGGUAA